AUGAAGCGAUAUCCUCGGAAGACAUCCAAAGGCGGGUUUGUGGACCCUGUGAAGACAAACGUGUCCCGGGCCAUGAUGUCAACAGAAAAUGGCCUUGGGCCGUGCACCCAGGUGUGCUGCGGUGCUCAAGCGGAUGACAGCUUCAGCGCCUUGGCUGCUUCCAAAUUCCAUUCCGACUUGUUGCGUGCUGAAUUUGCUGCUAUCCGAGAGGACAUCAUUUUUCGCAAGCAGUUCCGAAGAGUCGUAUUGAAAGAAAGAUUUGGCUCCGAAGACGUCCUGGGCUUUCUCAAGCAGAAAUCAGCAACCAAGCUGAAAUCAGCGGGUGCCAACACACAAGCGGCGGCACAGACAACAAAGCUUCAACGUCUUCAUAAAGUCGUUAAGGAUGAACACGAAGAACGGCGGCGAAAGGCAGAGACGUGUGGCAUGAAUUUGCGUCGAAAAGCAGAUCUGGCCGCAAUCAAAGCUGAGAGCCAACUUCCAGAGGCUCUGAGCAUUGCCGAUUUGGCUGAGGAGCAUUCAGGUGAGGCUCCUUUGGAGGACAUUGACAGAAUGCUCAAGGCUCCUGUGGACAGUUUCUAUUCCAAUUGCAACAUGUGCAGAGGUCAAUACAUUGAGCAUCACCAUUUCUAUCACCAGCUCUGUCCGCGAUGCGCUGAGCACAAUUGGGAAAAACGCAACCAAAAGGCCGACAUGACCGGGAUGGUGUGCGUAGUCACUGGUGGCCGGGUGAGGAUUGGCUACAAGAUUGUCCUGAAGUUGCUUCGAUCUGGUGCUUUCGUCCUCACUACAACCAGAUAUCCAAACGAUUGCGCUUGGCGUUUUUCUCAAGAAGACGAUUACGAAGACUGGCGUCACCGCCUGGAAGU